AUGUCUAUAGCAAUAAAAAUGGCUAUGGUGAAAAUUAAUAAUAAAUAUACCAAUAAUCUCAAAUAUAAUAAUAAUUAGAAAUUAGAUAUUAUGUUUACUAAGACCUAUAAAACAUAAUAAAUUUAAUAUAUUCAAGAAAUGCUGUACUUGAACAUUUUCAAAAUGAAUCAUCCAAUGGUUACUAUAAGUAAUAAUAAAUUACUUUUAUAAUUAAAUUUAUCAAAUGCAAUACAAUUCGACUAGACAUAAUAAUAUUAAAAGAAUAGAGAUUUAUCAAAGUUUUUGAAUGAAGAGAGAUAGAAUGCAUAUACUAUUCUUAAUAAUGUUAUUUUUAAUCAGAAGAAAGAUUCAAUAUAAACAGCAUUAAUAGAAUUCUCUAAUGAUUAUUAGAAUGGCAAUUUUAAAUUGGAUAAAUAAUAUAAAUUAGAAGAAAUAGGUUUAGUUGCUAAAUUUGAUGAAUCAGUUCUAUUUAAAAUACUUUCAUCUAUAUAAAAUGUUGAUUCCAAAAUUAAUUAAUUAAGAAAUGGUUAAAGAUAUGAUGCUCCAACGGAAGAAGAGAUUAAAGAAACAGCACAGUAUUUUUAUUUAUUAUUUUAGAAAUUAUCAAAUUUAAGCAAAAUAACAGUUAUAGAAAAAUAUGCCAUAAAAAAUAAAUGUUUUGAUUUAAGAAUUCUAUAAAUAAGAUGAUGAAAAUUUCUCAAAUUACAAUCCUAAUGUUACUUAUCAAUAGACCAAUAAUAAUAAUGAACCUUACAGAUUAAAAGAAACAGAAUAAAAUUUAAGAUGUGCAUAUAAUAACCAUAAUUAACCUAUUAUCAUGGUUAUAUUAGAUCCAAAUAAAAAUCAAAAGGAAAGACUUUUGUGUAACUUAUGCGUUUAAAAUUUGGAAACAAAUGAAAAAACAAUUGGAUUUAGCAAAGCCUAUUAAAUGAUUUAAGAAUAUCAUUAAGAAAGCUGUAAAUUAAGAAAAAGGGUAGUAAAUGAUAAUAUUUAAUAACUUGAAUAAUUGAAAAGCAAUAUUAUUGAAUUAAAGUCAUAUAUAAACUAAUAAUUAGACUAGAUGAUUGAAAUAACUAAGAAUUGGAUAAGUAAUUUGAGCACCCACAUAAAUGAGAAAGUAGAAGGUAGUUUUUCUAAAGGAUUAGAUUUAUUAAUAAAAAAUGAAUUAAGAGUAGAUAAUGAUAAAAUAGUUGAAGAAAUUAAUAAUUUGAAUAAUUAAUGGAUUGAAAAGGUUAAAAACAAAUUAGAAUAAUUUAAAUAAUUUAAAUAAUCUAGUGAGUGUGAAAAGGUAUUUAAUGAUUUAAAAAAUAAAUGCAAUUCUGAUAGAUAUGCAAUUAUUGAUUUGAAGUCGAACAAAAUAUUUCCUUUGAAACCAUAAUAGAUCAGAGGAUUGAUUAAUUGA